AUGGCAACUACCGGUCCCAUAGGACUCGCCGCCAGGGUCAUCGGAGGAGCGAUCGAACUACCGAUCAACGCAAUCAAAUACACCGCUGCCGAGCCGACCGUCACUGGCUCACUGCUAUUCGCGCUUACGCGUGCUCCCAUCGAGUACAGACAGCGACUACUGAACCUGCUACACAACAGCGGGCUCUCAGCCGGACACAUCGAGCGUCUGAUCAAGACUCUGAGAUAUCUACUCAUCAUCGGAGUUCUAAAACGAGUCAACCAAGCCCUCAACAGGCUUGCGCUCAACAAUUGGAGCCUCAGGAAGUUAGGAGCGCCGUUUGACUUCGAUGGCUCGCGAAAGACUGAGCUGGUCGUCGUGACUGGAGGGUGCAGCGGGUUCGGCUAUGAGAUGGUCAAGGCGUUCUCCAAGCAUGCCAAAGUCGUGAUCAUUGACAUCAGCCCUGUCCCUGCCGAGCUUAAGAAAUUGCCUGGAGUCUAUUACUAUCAGCUCGACGUGACUGAUUUCGCAGCCAUCGAGUCAACGGCAGAGACGAUCCGCAGAGAGCAUGGUGAUCCUACGGUAUUGAUCAACAAUGCCGGCAUCGCCAAUGGCACGUACAUCAUGGACAGCACUGCCAAGGGGAUCGAUCGAAUCUUCAAAGUCAACAUCGCCUCUCACUUCAUCUUGAUCAAGGAAUUCCUACCUGGCAUGCUGAAGGCCAAGAAGGGCCAUAUCGUGACGAUCGCGUCGAUGGCGAGUUUCGUCGCUGGGCCGGGCUUGGUGGAUUACUGCUGCACUAAAGUCGCGGCGUUGUAUCUCAAUGACGGACUCCGAAACGAGCUGAUAACCAAAUACCCGAACGGCAACUGCAUCCAGACAACCUCCGUGCACCCGUCGUGGCACUCGACUGGCAUCGUGAAGCCGUACGAAGACAAGCUGGCGAGUAUCGGGAUCCGGACGGAUCCAGCAUCCAACGUCAGCAGCGCGGUCGUCGAGCAGGUCUUGGCUGCUCGCAGCGGCAGGAUUUUCAUGCCCCGGAGCGAAGAGGCGAAGACCGGGGUGCGCGGCUGGCCCGUCUGGUUGCAGGAUACGGUGUUUUCGAUUCAGACGAGGAUCUUCGGCUCCGUAUUCUAG